AUGUUUCGAUAUCCACAGGAGAUCAAGGGCAGACACUUGGACUUCCUGGCAGACCAGGACCUAAGGGACAACCUGGAUUGUACAAAGGGGCUGGAAAAAGGUUUUCCAGGUCUCCAGGGCCCUGCUGCCCACCGCUCCACCCCGCCCCGUGCCCCAAGACUCUCUUUGCCGUCAGUCAUAGCAGGACAGCCUGGAGACUCUGGGAGACCUGGCUUAGAUGGAAAACAAGGCUGUCCAGGGCCCCCAGGGCCCCCAGGUACCCCUGAGCCAUCCUCUGAUCAGGGUGAUCCUGGAGACCCUGGCUUCCCUGGAAUUCCAGGCCCUAAAGGGCCCAAACACCAAGGAAUUCCAGUUUUCUUUGGCCUCCCUGGAGAACUAGGACUAAAAGGCGUGAGAGGUGAGCCUGGCUUCACAGGGACUCUAGGCAAGGUUGGGCCACCUGGAGACCCAGGAUUACCUGGGAUGAAGGGGAAGGCAGGCCCAAGAGGCUUUUCUGGCCCCCAAGGUGCUCCUGGCCAAACAUCAAUUACAGAGAACAUUCAGGCUCUUCCUGAACCCAUGGUUCUACCAGGCAUUGAUGGCAUCCCUGGUCUCAUGGGAGAUCCUGGAGUUCAAGGCCCUGUAGGCCUACAAGGCUCCAAAGGUUUACCUGGCAUCCCUGGCAAAGAUGGUCCAAGUGGGGUCCCUGGCCCACCUGGGGCUCUUGGUGUUCCCAGUCUUCCUGGACUGCUAGGCCCUCCAGGAUAUGAAGAACCUCCAGGAAAACAGGGCCCCUUUGGCAAGGUUGGAUUGCCUGGACAGAGCAUGAGAGUAAGCUACACAUUGGUGAAGCACCAGUCAAAACAGGUGCCCCUCUGCCCCUCCGAGAUGACCCAGCUGUGGGUAGGUUAUAGCUUGCUGUUCGUGGAGGGGCAGAAGAAAGCCCAUAACCAGGACUUGGGGUUUUCUGGCUUCUGCCUGCUGCACUUCAGCACCAUGCCCUUCAUCUACUGCAACAUCAAUGAAGUGUGCCAUUAUGCCAGGUGCAAUGAUAAGUCCUGCUAGCUCUCCACCACUGCCCCCAUUCCCAUGACGCCCAUCAGCCACUGCUCUGUGUGUGAGGCACCCUCACAGGCCAUUGCUGUGCUCAGCCAGGAUAUCACCAUUCCACAGUGCCCCCUGGGCUGGCACAGCCUCUGGAUUGGGUACUCCUUCCUCAUGCACACUGCUGCCAGUGCUGAGGAUGGAGGCCAGUCCCUGGUCUUACCUGGCUCCUGCCUAGAGGAUUUUCACACCACUCCUUUCAUUGAGUGCAGUGGUGCCUGGGGCACCUGCCACUACUUUGCCAACAAGUAUAGUUUCUGGCUGACAACAGUGGAAGAGUGGCAGCAGUCUGGGGAGGAACCUGUGCCAGAAACAUUGAAAGCCGGGCAGCACCACACCCUAGUCAGCUCCUGCCAGGUGUGUAUGAAAAGUGUAUAG